GAUCUCUUGAAGCAAAAUAAAGAAUGGGUGUACUUGAAAACCUCUGGGACGACGUCGUGGCUGGUCCUCAACCUGAAGCCCGUGGCCGUGGACAUCUCAGGCGAAUCUCUACCGGUUUGACUAGCCUGAACAAUACCAAAGAAGGAACAAUGGUGGGCGGAUCAGCCUCUCUACCAGUGAGUCCGACUACCCCGGCCACACCAGGAUCUGGCCGGAAAGUGGAUGUGUGGAGAAGUGUAUUUCAUCCAGCAAGUAAUGUGACCACAAGGGAGAUUGGUGCUAAUGUCUUUGAUAAACCUUCUCAUCCUAAUUCUCCCACGGUUUAUGACUGGAUGUACAGCAGCGAAACGAGGAGCAAGCACCGUUGAAGCUUGCUGUUAUCAACGGAUCGUCAAAUUAAAAUAAGUCAAGAUCUCAUAAAAUUAAGUGGCUACACUACUAUUUCAAGAUGAUUAAUAAUCAGUUGAGUUGGCCGUUUGAUUGGUAUUUAAAUAAUUUGUUAAAAGAUUUUGAGCUUUUUUUGCCUUUGUUGGCUCUCACUUUUUAACAUAAAAAACAGAACACAAUAUGUCAAGCCAAUCAAUAACGUCUUAAUAAUUUACAAGCAUAUUUGACAUGAAAUAUAAUACAAAGCAUCUUUUUAUCGUGUUUAA